AUGAGGAGUAUAAGGCCACGAAGUAGUUGUCAGCUAACUUACAGCUGGAUUUCCUGUCUCCUCCCCAGUGUGCACCCAUCUCUUCGGUGUCUCUUCGUCAACAACUUCGCCCAAAUGGACUGGGACGCGGCGCGCACUUUCUACGGCGGCUUCCAGGGCGACCUCGUCACGCUGGACGAAGCCAACCUGCUCGCUGACAUCGUCGACUUCAUCAGCAAGGAAGGGCUGACUGAGCGCAGCUACUGGACCGGCGGGAGCGACCGAGCAUUGGAGGGCGAAUGGAUGUGGACCGACGGUACUUCGGUGCGCAUGGGGACUCCCACCUAGGGCGCCAACGGCCAGAGCCAGCAGCCGACGGGGGGAAUGCCUCUCAUCUGCGAGCUCAAUGAAUGA